AUGAAAGUCUUCACAGACGGGUCGAAAUUGCCUGAUGGUAUGGCAGGUGCCGGGUUUGCUCUAUACCAGACAGGAAGACUUUGCCUCCAAUCAUCAUUCUCCCUCGGACCAAACAAAGAGGUUUUUGAUGCCGAAGCAGAAGCAGCUCUUGCUGGUAUCAAAGCAGCCACACAGUCUUACAAUGCACGCUUUGCCACCGACCUCUGGGUCUGCCUAGAUAACCUAGAAGUGGCCACCCGCCUGCUCUCACCCUUCUCAGGCUCAUCUCAGGAAGUUUUUGAGACCUUCCGAACCCUAGCUUUAGCCUGGCCCGAGCGGGAGAGGUUCUCCUACACUAAUGGGGGCACUGUACGUAUAUGCUGGGUCCCUGGGCAUGCAAAAGUCCCUGGGAACGAAGCCGCUGACCAAGCUGCAAAGAGGGGAGCUGCCUUGGAACCCCCCGUCCCCCCUAUUUACUCUUUUGCCUCACUUAAGCGACAUACAAAGGCUGCUAUGAUCUCUAGCUUACAAAGGCACUGGCAAGCUGUGGCUCCGCAGUCCUACCAGGAUCUCUGGAUCACCUCCUUCACUAGCUGCCCGGAUGAACUUCGCCUCCCACGCUACCUUCUUGGGCGGAUCCUAGCAGCUCGUACAGGGCACGGCGAUUUUGCAGACUACCAUGAGCGGUUCAAUCAUGAAGACGCACAUCUACAUUGCCGGUGUGGAGCCAGGAAGACUCCAGUUCACUUCUUCUUCUGCCGAGUAGCUAAGAGACGGCUCCCCCGACCCUCAGGGCCCCCCCUCAGAGACAAUUCCCUUCCUACUGGGAACCCCAAAGGGCGCAGCACAGCUGGCUGCCUGGCUAUCAGAGACUCGGUUCUUUGA